CGGCUCAUGUGGUUCAACUCAGUGCUUUCAUGCUGAAGGUCUUGUUUUCAAGUCCUGCUGGUGACCUGCACUGGGGUCACUGCACACAGGACUGAAGUCAGAGUCCUUUGGUGACAGAAUGACACUAUGGAUGUUGGGGGUAAUCCCCUUCUCCCUGACAGCAUCCUCUAUGAGAUCUUCCUUUACCUGGACCACGUAGACGUGCUCUCAGCAACACUGGUGUGUCAGCAGUGGCAUGCAGUGGCCCGGGAUGAGUUCUUGUGGAAGGAACUGUUUUACCGAUACUACCGGAUUUCUCGGGAAGUGCCACGGCACCCAGCCGCCGUUUCCUGGUACGAUGAGUUCCAGAGACUCUAUGACACCAUCCCGUGUGUUGAAGUACAGACCCUCAAGGAGCACAGUGACCAGGUCUUGCACCUCAGCUUCUCCCAUUCUGGCUACCUGUUUGCAACCUGCUCCAAGGACUGCACUGUUAAGAUCUGGAACAAUGAGCUGGACAUCUCCUUGCUGCACAGCUCCAACAUGAGGCCAUACAACUGGAGCUACACGCAGUUUUCCCAGUUCAAUUCGGACGACUCCCUUCUCUUGGUGUCAGGUGUCUUUGUGGGGCCUCACAAUUCCUCGUCUGGAGAGAUCGCUGUCAUCAGCAUGGAAAACUUCUUACUCCUCUCUAGGGUGAGGAACAAACCCUACGACGUAUUUGGCUGCUGGCUGAACGAAACCAACCUGAUUUCUGGCAACCUGCACCGGAUCGGGCACAUCACCUCCUGCUCUGUGCUGUGGCUGAACAACGCCUUCCAGGGCAUAGAGUCUGAGAAUGUAAAUGUAGUGAAGAGACUGUUUAAAAUCCAGAACUUAAAUGCCAGCACUAUCCGGACGGUGAUGGUGGCAGACUGCAGCCGGUAUGACUCCCCUGACCUGCUCCUGGACUAUGGGGAGCAGUUAGCUGCUGCUUCCACCUCCCCUUGCCAGGUCUUUGACCUUGGCAGUGACAGUGAGGAAGAGGAGGCAAAGCCCAAACAGAACUUGACAUCAGAACUGGCAGCUCAGGAAUCCCCAGAGGAUGGGAGCGUGAUGGCAGGGGGUGGGCUACAGCAGUUCCUGGACGACAUCAUGGAAGGUCGUGUGAGACCCCUCAUGACUGAAAAAGAGCUGGAGACAAAGGUGGCUGAGCUACUUGCAAGGAACAGGACAAAGCCACCUGAACUGAACUUGGUCCCCACCGAUGGCCACAGCAAAAAGAAAUACCUGAUCUUCACCACAGGAUGCCUCACUUAUUCGCCACACCAGAUUGGGAUCAAGCAGAUCUUGCCUCAUCAGAUGACGACAGCAGGGCCAGUGCUGGGGGAGGAGAGGCGUUCGGAUGAAUUCUUCGACUCGCUGGAUCAUGUCAUUGACAUCCAUGGGCACAUCAUUGGCAUGGGCCUCUCUCCUGACCACAGGUACCUGUAUGUGAACAGCCGGGCCUGGCCUCAGGACUGCAUCAUCUCGGACCCCAUGCAGCCACCCCCCAUCGCAGAAGAGAUCGACCUGCAUGUGUUUGACCUGAAGACAAUGAAGGAGGUGAAGCGAGCCUUGCGGGCUCACCGGGCUUACACCCCCAAUGACGAAUGCUUCUUCAUCUUCCUUGAUGUCAGCAGGGACUUCGUAGCCAGCGGGGCAGAGGAUCGUCAUGGCUACAUCUGGGACCGGCACUACAACAUCUGCCUGGCCAAGCUGCAACACAAUGAUGUGGUCAACUCCGUGGCAUUCAGCCCCAUGGAGCAGGAGCUGCUUCUGACGGCCAGUGACGAUGCCACCAUCAAGGUGUGGCGCUCUCCCCGUUCUGUGCGCAUCCAGCAGGCCAGGAAGCCCAGGCCCAGGAAGCUGCUCUUCUCCUGGCUCCUGAACCAGAAGAGCUGAAAUGAGGCAUCCACUCCUGUGAUUUUCUCACGCCAGUCACUGCCCUCGUGGGGCUCUUGGAGGGGGGAGCCUCAGGCCCUGCACAAUGGAGAGGAGCUGCUUGUGCACACAGCCCUUCAGCCAGGGCAGGUGGGGAACUGUAUUCCCUCCAUCUGCUCCUGUUAAUAAUUGAGCCCCUGCCCUGGGGGCUGUGAGCUGGGCCUGAUCAGAUGUAGCCUUUGGCUGAUCACUGCAGGGCUGUGUGUGGUUUUUUCUCCCC